AUGUCUGUCCAACUCUUGGUUUCAGCCGUGCUUUGUAUAAUAUCAUGCGUAAUUUGCCAUCGAUUGUAUUUCCAUCCACUCGCUAGAUAUCCUGGGCCAUUAUUCGGAAGAAUCACGGACUGGUAUUCUGUCUACCAUUCUCUUCGUGGCGAUCGACAUCUAAACUUUCUUCGUCUUCAUCGCACAUAUGGGCCUGUAGUACGGUAUGGGCCCAACAGGCUUUCGUUCAGCACCCCGACUGCUUUUCAGGCCGUCUAUAGCUCACAAGCCAACACAAAGAAGUCGUAUUGGUACGAUACCAUGACAUUCUACAUGAAAGUACCUAGCACGCAUGCGACAACGAACAAAAAGCAACAUGCCCGUAAACGAUGGAUUCUUUCGCAAGCCCUGUCAGACCGCAUGACUGUCGUUUAUGAACAGGCCUUUCUCAAUCUUCUACAAGGAUUCAUUAGGCGUUUUCACAAGGUCGCGUCGCAUACAAAGGAUGGCUGGUCCCCGAGCUUUGAUAUGACGGAAGAGUUCACGCUGCUGGCUUUCGACUCCAUGGGAAUGUUCUGUUUUGGGGAAUCAUUUGGUUCGCUCCAAGAUCCCAAGAAGGCAGAAAUCAUUGAAAACACGCUGGAGGGAUUUCGAGGUAUGAAUGCGAUAGGAUAUAUGCCGGGCAUUUCAUGGCUCCAACUGGAUGCUUUUCAAUCCAGAGUUUCUCGCGCUUUAAAGGAAUACGAAGCCCACGCAACAAUGCUUGCAAAUCGAAGAGGCAGCGGGGAAGGGUUCACUUUUCCUGAGCUACAGAGCGAGAGCUCCCUUCUGGUGACGACUGGCGCUGACACGAUCGCUGCUGCCCUUGCAAACAUUGUCUUUCACCUAGUGAACAAUCCCGACAUCCUUGCCAGGUUGAACAGCGAAAUCCGAGGGACUUUCUCUGACUUGGCGGAAAUUCGAAUUGGCAAAUCUCUCAACAGCUGCAGCUAUCUUGCUGCUUGUAUCGAUGAAAGUUUGCGCCUGUCCUCUGUCGUGGGCGGUUGUCUGAUGCGCGAGGUAGGCCCCGGGGGGACAACGAUAGACGGUGACUUCAUCCCUCAAGGUGUCGAUGUGGGAGUCCCUUUCCAUGUCAUCAUGCGCAAUCCGGACUACUAUGAUGCACCACUAGAGUAUCUCCCGCAACGCUGGCUCCCAGAGACUAGCUCGCCGGAGAAGAUCAGGGCGGCACGGUCCGCGUUUUGUCCCUUUGGCAUCGGACCCACAGGUUGUGUUGGUAAAUCUUGGGCGCUUGUGGAGAUGAAGAUCACGAUUGCACAGCUUCUCUUCCAGUAUGACCUGCAGAGGGACGAGAGUGGCGAUACCCAUGUCUCGUCGUGCAUGCAGCGGUUGCAUCAGCGGGACGAAGAGAGCUUGGACAGAUUUGUCGUCACCAGUAAGGGACCAAAGGUUAAGUUCCGUUUGGCAAAGGCUACCGGCACUGCGAACGAAUGCACCAAGUAG